AUGGAGGCCGACCCGAGCAGGGCGGCCGCCGAGCGACAGCCUCGCAUUGAGGACGAAACACCAGACGAGGCGGAAGCGCCGACUGUCGCAAACGUUGAAAUGGAGCCCGAGUUCGUUAGGCCGGGCUAUUAUUCGAGCCGUUCCUCUUCUGAGUCACGGCCAAGGGGCAGCCCGGUUCGUGAUGGCCGGGAAAGUGGACGACGAGGACCACGACCUCCACCACCUCCCCACUUCAUUCAAACCGUCGUCCGUGAUGUGCGAGAUCGGCGAGAUCGGUCCACCUCACUCUACUAUCGGAGGAGAGAUGAUCACAGACGCCGAAGGAUUGGCGAAUAUGGUUCUGAAAGCAGGUCCCGCGAGUAUUACCGGAGCGGUCGCUCACUAUCUCCAAGCGAUCGGAGCACGUACAGCAUUGACCUCGAUAGCGACGGGCCAAGGAACCCCGAUGAGCCCUUGCCACAGGAAUGGACCCAACCCAAGACCAUUCUUGAGGACGACACCGCGACCGAGUUGAUCGUGGCUCAGUCAAUUGAGCACAGGGUGUCCAAGUCUGGUCUGAAAAAGAUUGUCCUCCUGUCCCCUUCGAGACCUCCUCCAUCAUCCGGUCCCACGGGUCAAGAGAGAGAAGAGUCUCGGGCGCAGUUCCGAUGGCUGCACGUCCAGCCCAACAUUCUUGAAGCCGACGACGUUGAGCCGGCCUUUCAGGUCUUGGAGGACCAGUAUGUGUCUUUGGAAAUAGCGCCCAUGCUUUUCCUCGGCACCUUGGGGGUAGACCACUCGUAUGCUGGCACCCUGCUGAAGGCAACUCGUGGAUAUGAGGUUGGGGACGAGCGUGAGUUGUCUCAGGUCGCGCGCAAAACGGGCGUAGGAGGCGAGCGUGACGUUCUAUGUGUUGCUACGCUAUGGUGCUUGAGCUUAGGUUCUGAAAUCAUGAUAACGCUAUGCUGUCUCCCUUCGACCGACCUUCGACGGGACUUGGUGGAGAUUGACGAUAGGGCGGGCCGUGGGUUCUACAUUGUCCAGGUCAAGUUACAGGAUGUCGAGCUCUAUAACAGCAUGGUGAUCGAUCCCGAGUGCAGCUACGUGGAUUUUCUCCAACAUGCCGUUGCGGUGGUCACGUCGGGAACUCGGACACGCGACGCUGCAAAAUACGACAUCCUAUAUGGACCCCAAACAUCAGCAGACGCGGGCGAGCCUGCGCAGCUUGAGGUCUUGACUCCUUCUAAGUGGCUCAAACUUCUGGGCUCUGAUGGGUUCGAGAAUAACACUUUCCACUUGAAAGCAAAAUCCCGGGCUCGGUCGCGCUCAAGAAGACCAUACUACCACGAACGACGUUCGCCACUUUAUAGCGGGAAGAGCAGUGAUCAGGAGUCUCCCCGUCCUCGCGCCCCGUUGCCGGCGCCAACGCGAUAUAGGUACUCCAAGGAUACCGGCAGGAGCCCGACUCAUAACAACAAAGAGCUGACCGUCUACCGGGGGGGGCAAGAAGCUAUCAAUAGGGUCGACUAUGAGACAAUACCCGGGCCAGUAUUCGUGCGCGAGCCCCAUGACCACCGGAGAGGCCUUGAAAACGAUCAGGACCGGCGGAUCACGCGCGACAUUGUUGUCCGCGGGCGCAGUGAGGCACGACGCGAGAGCCCCUCCAAUCCAAUUGAGCACGGGGAGAUGAUUCGUAGAGGGCGCAGCUCUAGCACUGAGAUCCGUAUACGCUGGCGCGGGGGCCGAGAUCGAUGGCCUAGGCGUCGAGAACGUGAAUACGAUUCGAACAGCAAUGACACACCGGCUGCGGAACAAGAGAUGCCACCGCUGGAUGACACCGGCGCUGCCACAGUAAACCCCUUUUUCUCUUGGCGAGUCAAGAGCAUGGCCGAUGUGGACACGGUGAGAACGGAUCAAAAGAACAUCGGUACAAGCCCCAUGGCGGACGUCGCGAUCCAUGAUCUGUUCCGUAUCCUCGGCAAGAUCAAUGAAUCCCUCCUAUCCAGCGAGUCAGGGAUCAAAGAAGUCUACUCACAAGCAUACAAAUGCACCGAGGAGAAUCUCCUAAAGCGCCACCCCAAUUUGGCAAGGGAAAUAGUUCCAAGUUCGAACACAUUUCCGACGGUGCAGCGGGACAGUGUUGGUCAAGGAAAAGAAGCCGACCAGGAAAAGAAAGGGGGUUCGACAGAUAACAGCUCCACGCAGCCACCAACUACAUUCCCACCAGACGGAGCGCGGGCGGGUUCUACAAACCAGGAACAGGAAACGGUUCGGCAAGAGAAGGCUGAGCCCUCUAAGAUUGGUGAGAAACAAGCUCCAGCCACGCCACGGGUCGGCGCACAAGAAGCAGCAAGGCACUCAACCUCCGACAUGAUGACGCACCCAGCAGAGGCAUUCGGCAAGAAGCUAGUGGAGAUUUCUCAGGCGAUCAUGCACCGGUUCCUCCCCAAAGAUGAGCACUCGGUAUAUCAUCCUGUGUGUGAGCGGUUCUGGGGCAGCGUAGAUGAGAUUAUCCGGCAAAUCCGAUGGUCUACCGAGUCGUCGGAUGCAUUGUGGACAAUCCGAGAUUUCGACACCAUGUCCAGCGCUGCAGGUGGAAGCGGAGGGGUGACAUGGAAGCAGCCAUAUGCCAAGUGCACAGCUUGUUUGACGCCCACGAAAUAUCCUUCGGCAUCAGCCGCACUUCAGCAUCUCCAUGCCGCCCACUUCGAGUGCCCCCUUGGACAACCGGCCGCAGGCAAAGCGAAGGACAGGCCGCACGACGACCCCUGCUAUGUAUACAUCAAGUCGCAGGCGGAAACCCACUCAAACGAACCAGAAAUCGAGAAUAUCGCAAAGGAGCUCAUCGACCACCUCACAGACGUCUCGCACAGCCUCAAUAAGAUCCAAUGGCUGGUAGCCACCAACCCACAGGACAAUGCCCAACGGCACCGGCCGCAAACCAAGCCAACGAUUCGCCCCCAGCUCCCCCGAAGCCUCGUUUACGCUUUCGAUGAGCUCCUGUCAUACUACAUCCUCCAAGCCAAACACCUCUCGCUCCACAACCGGCACACCACCCUCAACACACGCAGCAGCAGCAACGCCCCCGAUCAGGACAGCGCGCAGGCCGCCCUGCACAGGACGAAACGACUGGCCGUCCGGUGCCGCGGCGCCCACGCCCGCCUGCGGAGCUACCUGCAGCUGGCCCGGCGCGACGUUAUCCUGUCGCGGGGCGGGCACGGCGGCGGUAUUAGCAUCGGCGACGGCGCCGACACAGCGGCGCUGGGCGUGCAGGCGUUUGACACGACCUCGCUGGUGCGUGCCGUCGUCCUAUCGGUUCUGGAUAAGUCCUUCUCCGCACCGCUGCCGUUGAGAAAGGCCGCUGGGACGGGAACGGGAAUGGGAACGGGUGGCGCGCGUGUUGCUGGGCUUGGGAGGCGGGACGGUGGUAAAGGUGCUUCGGCGUGGGACGUGAUCCGGAUGUACAGCGAAUAUAGCAAGCGUCUGCAUGCGGAGGCUGUUCGCCGGCCUCGGAGGCGUUUGUUUCUUGAUAUUCAUGCGCUUGAGGAUGAGCUGGAGGCGCUGGAGGCGCUCUUGGGCGCGAAUCUGAAUUGGAUCAAUCGGACGCUUAACGACUUCUCCGAGGUAGAGGUCGUUAUCGGUAGGCAUGGUGUGGAAUACAAGCGUGGAGCAUGGAAACGACGAUACCGCGAGCCGCGAACUAUGGAAGUGGAACGGCACUACCUGCUCGGCCGGCGGGACGCAGUGCAAGCGAAGUUGGGUGAGGUACGGAACCUGCAAAGGUCGGCGGGGGCGCUGAGGGAGCGCGUCCGCCAGCUGAUCGAAGUCAUGGACGAGGACCACGGCAAGGCCAUCCGCGUCUUCACCAUCGUCACAGUGCUGUUUUUGCCCAUGACCUUCGUCUCUGGCUUCUUUGGCAUGAACACAGUCGACAUCCGCGACAUCGAAGCCAGCCAGUCUCUCUACUGGACUAUCGCAGUUCCCGUCACCGUCGUCGUGCUGGCCCUUGCACUUGCUUAUGGCUACAAGGGCGACGAAAUCACCGACUGGUUUCAGGACAGGAAUAACUUUUGGAAACCCAGUCGGUCCCCUAGGUCGACCGAAGUAGUCGCGCAAAAGAAGCUUAAGACGUCUAACACAAUAGACAGCCGUCGGGUCAAAUGGACAGAGACUGAUGCUGGGGCGAGCGAGGUGUGGAGGACUGUCCGAAACUCGGCUGGGCGUCGGAGAAGGCGGGCGGAUAUGAACAUGACGAGAAAGUCUACCUUCCAAAGCGAUAUCCUGCCCUAG